UCAGAGUUAUGUUUUCAACAGCAAGUAUACAGACUCAUUCAGGACAGAGAGUCACUAUGUGGUGUUCACACAAUAUCCAUGUUUCUGGAUAUCUGUACUGGUUCAAACAAUCAGAUGGUGCUGUACCCGUUACUAUUGUGCGCAUGUUAUACACCGAAAGUCUUCGGAAGGUUGAGCCAACAUAUUUCAAUAAUUUCACAAAAGAUCACUUGGUCAUGGAUCUGUUCAACAAAGUCACCACCCUAACAAUCACGCAAGUGAAAAUGUCUGAUUCUGGAUUCUACUUUUGUGGAGCUACAGGUUAUGAUAUGAAAUUCGGCAAUGGAACCAGACUUGAAGUAAAAGCAAAUGUUGAAGAACACCACAAUUUAAAUACAAUUGUAAAUCCCACAAUGAUAAAUGACUUGCCAGCUGUUUUCAUAACAGAGAAAAAUUACACAGGAACCUCAAAAAAGGAUCAUGAGCAAUCAGCCGUGUCUGAGGAGUGUUCUAGAGACAUCUAUUUCAAACUGACCCUUCUAUUUGGUGGAAUCAUUUCUUUUACAUGCAUCGUUUCCCUUAUUUUGGGGAUUAUCAGGGAACACAGAAGACAGAAGCAUAAAAAAGUCGCUGAAUGUCAAGCACAACAGCAGGAUGACAAGGAAAAUGAUUCAGUAUAUACUGCUGUGUAUUUCUCAAACCAAAGACCCAAAAGAGCAGGACGACAUACAGAGGACCCAAUUGCUGUGUACAAUGAUACUACUUGAAAAAUAAAACAAACUCAGACAUAUUAUUAAUUUUUUAAACAUUAAUUAUUUUUAACAGCAAAAUAGUAAACCUGUUUAAAGAAAUGUAAUUAUUGAG